AUAUCAUGGGCUUUAAACCUUUUUUGAACCUUACAAAUUCAAAUCCAUUUAGUAUCAUUUUAAGACCUUAAUGUAAGAAAUAGAAUCCUAAAAAUAACUAGAAAUAGAAUCCUAAAAAUAACUAGAAAUAGAAUCCUAAAAAUAACUAAAAAUUAAAAAAGUAAACAGGGAAUGUUACAAAAACGAAAUUGUAUAAUUUAUGUUAAUAUCACACACACACACACACACACAUUUUGUUUGUUAAUACUUGUUGCCGUGCCCAUUAGACUUAUAGUUUUCUUUAGAAAAUGGAUAAUGUUAUAUGCAUAACGUUGGAUAUUGAAGGUUACUCAAAUGUGCCUCAGAAAUUACUCUGUUGAUUUUCUAAUUUCUGAUCCUGUUGUGUGACCUACUCUGUCGACCAUUUCAUAUUCAGUUUUUCCUUAAUAAUAUGACCAACUAUCUUUCAACACAUCAGCAUUAAGGCCCUAUUGUCUCAUCUGAUGAAGUGGUAUGCUCUAUCCUGAAACCUGCUACUUGUUCCUGAUUACUUUGAAGGUUACUUUUUAACUGUUUCUAUUUCAUUUCUGAAAACUUUAUGCUGCUGACAUUGGCAUUGGAUUAAAUCCAGGAAUGCUUACAAUAUGGUGCUGCACAAAUUUGGAGAGAAACUGUACUCUGGACUUGUGGCAACCAUGACUUUUCAUCUGAAGGAGAUAUGUAGUUCAAUUGAAGCUGCUCAGGGAGGGUUAUUUUUGGAAGAGCUGAACAGGAAGUGGGCAGAUCAUAACAAGGCCUUGCAAAUGAUCCGAGAUAUAUUGAUGUACAUGGAUAGGACAUUCAUUCCAAGUGCCCACAAAACUCCAGUGCAUGAGCUUGGGUUGAAUCUGUGGAGGGAUGUUGUCAUCCACUCCAGCAAAAUCCAGACUAGGCUUCUGGAUACACUUCUUGAACUCAUACAGGGAGAAAGGAGUGGUGAAGUCAUAAACAGGGGUUUGAUGAGGAAUAUCACAAAGAUGUUAAUGGAUCUGGGUUCUUCUGUUUACCAGGAUGACUUUGAGAAGCAAUUUCUUGAGUCUUCAGCUGACUUUUAUCGCCUUGAGUCUCAAGAGUUCAUUGAGUCUUGUGAUUGUGGGGAGUAUCUAAAGAAAGCUGAGAGACGUCUAAAUGAGGAAAUAGAGAGAGUUUCUCACUAUUUGGAUGCAAAAAGUGAAGCCAAAAUAACCAACGUGGUAGAGAAGGAGUUGAUAGAAAGUCACAUGCAGAGACUUGUCCAUAUGGAGAACUCAGGGUUAGUUAAUAUGAUUGUAGGUGACAAAUAUGAGGACUUGGGAAGGAUGUAUUCCUUGUUUCGUCGGGUAGCUAGUGGGCUUGUUUUAAUCAGAGAUGUUAUGACUUCAUACAUCCGGGAAACUGGGAAGCAGCUGGUUACAGACCUUGAACGGUUAAAGGAUCCAGUAGAUUUUGUACAACGUCUCUUGGAUAUAAAAGAUAAAUACGACAAGAUUAUUGGUUCAGCAUUUAGCAAUGACAAGACUUUCCAAAAUGCUUUGAAUUCCUCAUUUGAGUACUUCAUUAAUUUGAAUUCUCGCUCUCCUGAAUAUAUCUCUUUGUUUGUUGAUGACAAACUUCGGAAAGGAUUGAAGGGGGUUAGUGAGGAGGAUGUAGAGAUUAUACUUGACAAGGUUAUGAUGCUCUUUCGUUACCUGCAAGAGAAAGAUGUGUUUGAGAAGUAUUACAAACAACAUUUGGCCAAACGGCUUCUUUCAGGGAAGACCGUCUCUGAUGAUGCAGAAAGAAGUUUGAUUGUAAAACUCAAAACGGAGUGUGGCUAUCAGUUUACUUCAAAAUUGGAGGGUAUGUUCACUGACAUGAAGACAUCAGAAGAUACAAUGCAGGGCUUUUAUGCAAAUGUGGGUGCUGAUUUAGGGGAUGGUCCUACACUCUCUGUCCAGGUCCUAACUACUGGUUCAUGGCCAACUCAGCCAAUCAAUACAUGCAACCUUCCUACAGAAAUUCUCAGUAUAUGUGAAAAGUUCCGUAACUACUAUCUUGGGACCCACACUGGGCGGAGAUUGACCUGGCAAACAAAUAUGGGCACAGCUGAUUUGAAGGCAACCUUUGGGAAGGGCCAGAAGCAUGAGCUAAAUGUAUCCACAUAUCAGAUGUGUGUACUUAUGCUUUUCAACAACACCGAUCGACUGACCUAUAGAGAGAUUGAGCAGGCCGCAGAAAUACCUGCCUCAGACUUGAAGAGAUGCCUGCAAUCUCUUGCCUGUGUGAAGGGAAAAAAUGUGCUACGGAAAGAGCCAAUGAGCAAGGACAUAGCUGAUAGUGAUGCCUUCUUCUUCAACGACAAGUUCACAAGCAAAUUCUUCAAGGUCAAGAUAGGCACAGUGGUUGCACAGAGGGAAUCUGAACCUGAGAAUCAAGAAACUAGGCAGAGAGUGGAGGAAGAUAGAAAACCGCAGAUUGAGGCAGCAAUUGUGAGGAUCAUGAAGGCAAGGCGGGUGCUGGAUCACAACAACAUUGUUACUGAGGUGACAAAGCAACUACAGUCACGGUUUUUACCAAACCCUGUUGUAAUCAAAAAACGAAUAGAGUCCCUUAUUGAACGCGAGUUCUUAGAGAGGGAUAAGGGGGAUAGGAAAUUGUAUCGCUACCUUGCUUAAAAAGAUUGUCUGGUUGUCUCCUCUUGAUCCCUUAUUUUCGCCAAUAUCAGGUCAUUUUAAUGCGGAGUUAAACUUUUUCUCCGUCUGAACGCAGUAAUAUUUCUCUUAAAUCAUAUGCAAUUCAGGUCGCUUUUAAUGCUUAU